CCCCGCGCUACGAAGGCAAGUUUUUACAUUUGAGUGGAAAUUUCAGUUGACUCUGCACCUCCUUCCCCCUCAAACCCAACUCCCAUUGCAAGAAAAAGAGGGCGGCAAAUUAAGCCAAAACGACGCCAUCAGCCAUACGAUCAUAGACCAAACAUGUUGCAGAACAAGUCCUUCGUCAAGAGAACCAGAGGAGGCAAAAUCACCAAGGUCGUGAGAGAGCACUAUCUCAGACACGAUAUAUACUGCGGAGCUCCGAUAUGCAAAGUUUGCGAUACAUCCCAGGCUCGCUUGAGCCCUACACCUUCCACCAUUCUCAUUUUCGAUACCAAUGUCGUUCUCAAUCAGAUUGAUUUGCUUGAAAACCCGGCAAUUGACGAUGUGGUUGUGCUUUCCAUUGUGCUCGAAGAGGUCAAGAACAGGAACUUGUCUGUUUACAACAGAGUUAGAGCUCUCUGCAGCAAUUCUUUAAGGAAAUUCUUUGUUUUCUCCAACGAACACCACAAGGAUACAUAUGUUACGGAAAUGAGCGGAGAAAGUAAAAAUGAUCGAAAUGAUAGAGCAAUUCGGGUGGCCGCUCAAUGGUAUCAAACUCAUCUUGCUGGUUCUGCUCGGAUUUUACUUAUAACUAAUGACAAAGAGAAUAAGAGAAAGGCUAUUGAAGAGGGAAUUUCUGCAGAAACAGUGGAGUCUUAUGUGAGGUCAUUGAGUCGACCAGAUUUGCUUGACCUGCUUGUGCAGCCUGCGUCAGAAGAUGUAAACAUGGAGGAAGUUGAAGAUUUGAGACCAUCAAAGAGGAAAAUCAUUUACACAGAGCAUAAGCCCAUGUCUGAGAUUACGUCUGGUUUGCAUCGCGGUAUAUACCAUCAAGGCAAACUUAGAGUGAAUCGUUACAACCCAUUUGAAGCAUAUGUUGGAAGUGAGAGCAUUGGUGAUGAAAUUAUAAUUUAUGGACGUACAAACAUGAAUAGGGCAUUUGAUGGGGAUAUAGUGGCAGUUGAGCUUCUGCCUCAGGAUCAAUGGCAUGAGGAGAAAUCUCUAGCUCUAGCAGAUGAAGAGGAUGAGGAAGAAGAUGUUCAUCUGGUUCCAGGAAGUGCUGAUGAUGCUCCUAGGACUACAGCUCAACCACCAGGUUCUGCUGGAGUAACAGAGCCUAUCUCAAGCCGUCCAUCUGGCCGUGUUGUUGGUAUUAUAAAGCGGAAUUGGCAUUCUUAUUGUGGAUCUUUGGAGCCGAUGGCUAUGCCUGCAGGUAGUGGUGGUGUUGCCCAUGCCUUAUUUGCCUCGAAAGAUCGUAGGAUUCCUAAGAUUCGAAUACACACACGACAGCUUGAGAAUCUUCUGGACAAGAGAAUUGUUGUGGCGGUUGAUUCUUGGGACCGUUUGUCUCGUUAUCCUUCUGGCCAUUAUGUACGAACCAUAGGACAAAUAGGUGAUAGAGAUACUGAAACUGAGGUGGUCUUGAUUGAGAAUGAUAUAAAUACAAGACCAUUUUCUUCUCAAGUUCUGGCAUGCUUGCCACCGUUACCAUGGUCUGUGUCUUCUGAAGAUUUGGCAAAUUCUAUUAGACAGGAUUUGCGACAAUUGCGUGUCUUUAGUGUGGACCCUCCUGGAUGCAAGGAUAUUGAUGAUGCAUUGCACUGUACAUCUCUUCCAAAUGGAAAUUACGAAGUUGGAGUCCACAUUGCUGAUGUAACAAAUUUUGUACACUCGGACACUCCUCUUGAUGAUGAGGCUUCACAAAGGGGCACUUCGGUCUACCUAGUUGAACGGCGCAUUGACAUGCUUCCAAAACCUUUGACGGAAGAUGUAUGUUCUCUUCGAGCUGAUGUGGAGAGGCUAGCUUUUUCUGUUAUAUGGGAAAUGACACCUGAAGCUGAGAUUAUUUCUACGAUGUACACAAAAAGUGUCAUUAAAUCGUGUGCAGCAUUGUCUUACAUUGAAGCUCAAGCGAGGAUGGAUGAUAGUCGGUUGAUGGAUCCAUUAACUACAGAUUUAAGAAACAUGAAUGCUUUAGCAAAGAUAAUGAGGGAAAGACGUAUCCAGAGAGGAGCCUUAACUCUUGCAUCUGCUGAAGUCAAGUUUCAAAUUGACACCGAGACUCAUGAUCCUCUUGAUAUUGGAAUGUACCAGAUUCGUGAAGCAAACCAGAUGGUUGAGGAAUUUAUGCUUGCUGCUAAUGUUUCAGUUGCUGAGAAGAUCCUUAAACAUUUUCCUCUUUGUUCAUUAUUGAGGCGCCAUCCUACUCCCACGAGAGAGAUGCUUGAACCUUUGUUGCGUACAGCUGCUGCUGUUGGUCUCAACUUGGAUGUCUCAUCAUCAAAAGCACUGGCUGAUUCACUUGACUCUGCAGUGGCUGAUGAUCCAUACUUCAAUAAGCUGAUUCGUAUAUUGGCUACUAGAUGCAUGACACAGGCUGUUUAUUUCUCUAGUGGGGAUCUCAGCCCUCCCGAAUAUCUUCAUUAUGGGCUUGCAGCACCUCUGUAUACUCAUUUUACCUCUCCUAUAAGGAGAUAUGCAGAUGUCAUAGUGCACAGGUUGCUUGCUGCAUCUUUAGGGAUACAGAAGCUUCCAACUAUAUUCCAAGACGGAAACCGGCUAACUAGCAUUGCUGACAAUUUAAAUUAUCGACAUAGAAAUGCCCAGAUGGCAAGCCGGGCCUCAGUGGAGCUCCAUACUCUCAUUUUCUUCAGGAAACGGCCAACGGACACAGAGGCGAGAAUAGUAAGGAUAAGAUCCAAUGGAUUUUUCGUAUUUGUGCCCAAGUAUGGAAUAGAAGGGCCUGUCUACUUGACCCCAAGAGGUGAUAAGGGAGGCGGAGAGUGGUUUGUUGAUGAGCAGCAGCAGAAGAUUAGAAAAAUGGAUGGCAGCAUGUCAUACAGUGUUCUGCAGACGGUGUUUAUUCAUUUGGAGAUUGUGGAGCCCCAGCCCAAUAGGCCAAAACUCCAGCUUACGUUAGUGUAGCCGAGUAACUUUGCCUCUCCCCAAUACUCUGCUUUCAGAUGAGACAAGUAUCUGCAGUGGGUUGUGUGAGCCAAGAGCUAUUGCAAUGCUUGGUUCUAACAAUCAGGGGGAGAUAGCUGUCAUAGGACACAUAGGAAAUAGUGUAUAGUUUCACAGUAUAAUUUAUUCUACUUUUUGAAUUUACGGUGUGAGAGUUUUGGAAAUUGAUAGUUGAGCUGAGAGAUUAGAAAUUGAUUCUAUGCCCAAAACAGUUGAAUUUUAAGGUGUUAUUUUUGCCAACCCAAACGACUCAGUUGUAUUUUUUAGGUUUAAUGUUUUACAAUUUAUAUUCCAGGUCUGGUUGGGCAGUUUGAAGGGUAGUUUAAUCUGGUUAUUAUUAUUGAUGA